GACCACCUCGAGUCUCGUGUGCGCGUGCGCACUAGUACGGGAAGUAAUGCUGCAAGGACUAGGAGCUACGCGCGCUCCCUUGUGCUUUAGCAAUGGCGGGCGCAAUUUCACUGUCGUGUGUCCUGUGCCUGCUGCUUGUGUCUGCGCUGGUCGGGGUUCUCGGAGAGCGCCCCAGCCGCCACCUCACAGCACACCCAGGGCACCGCGCCCAGGUCGGCCGUGGGGCGACCGAACCCUGGCAGCGACUGCCGCCCAAGGAUCAGCGUGAGCGGGCCCAGGCGCUACCUUGGGGGGCGCUGUACACCGCAGGCGUAGUGGCCUUUGUACUAUACAAGUGUUUGCAGGGCAAAGAUGAGGUUGCAGUCCUCCAAGAAGAGAAAGACAAGAAGGAAUCACUACAGUCAGAGCAGCAGCUGGCCCAGUUGACACAACAGCUGGCUCAGACAGAGCAGAACCUGAACAACCUGAUGGCCCAGCUGGAGCCCCUUUUUGAGCAUGUGACUGCUCUGGUUGGAACUGAACGGGAGCUUUUGGACAAGAAACUACAGACCAUUCACCAGCUUCUCCAAGACUGCAAGCCAAAAAAGGGUGUAGAUACUCCAGAGUCAGACACCAGCAUACAUUUUCCUGAGGAUUUACAAAUAAAGGAGGAGGAGGAGGAGGAAGAGGCUGGUGACAGUCAGGCCUGGAAGGAGCCUAUAAACUGGAGCACAGAGACAUGGAACUUAGCUACUUCCUGGCAAGUGGAGCAGGGGCUAAGGAGAAGAUGCAAGCCUGUGACAAAGGGUUACAGGCACAGCUUCAGCCAGGAAGAAAGGACAACCUCUGAAGGUCUAGUAAAACCAAGUCUAUUCUUGUGACUGGCUGUUCCUGUGUAUUUUUCCCUCCCAGUUGAUCAUGCACCAUACUAGGUGACUAAGAACAGCCAGACCUCCUUGAAAAGCUUUCCUUAUUAGGACAAAAAAGGCUGCCUUCCAGAGUGAGAGCAGAGCAGACAGAGGGAGCUCCAGUUCUUUUCCUUCUAUUACUGAGGCUACCAGCCUUCACAACCCAGAAAUCCCUUUUCUCAUAACUGAGACAGAAAGGUCUUUCAAAAGAAAAAAACAAAAAAAAUUUUAUUAAAAUCCAGUGGGAAAAUAAAUUACAUCACAAUAUAAAAAUAAAAAGUCACAUUUCUGAAGUUGGAAUCUUGAUAAACAACUGGCCAUACAUAGCAUGAACUUAUCAGUCUCAAAGCCCCUCAUCUGUGUCAGAGGGAGUGGUCCAGCUUAUUUAUGUUCAGUUGGAUCAGAGUUGGUUUCCUAAUUCUUAAGAUCUGGUCCAAUGACCCUUGUUAGGCUAGGAAAUGUCUCACUUUGUUUAGUGCUUUAGAAGAUCUUCUGUACUCCUGGCUCUGUCCUAUCCCUGAAGUGUCCUGAAUUCUGGAAUUUGUAAGGUUCUUCUAGUCCUUCUGGCUGCUAUGGAAAGAAAACAGUUCAGGCACUAGAAAGAAUACUCUUCAGACACAGUCACUCACAGGUUUGGGGGAGGUCGCAGGCAGAUGAAGGAAUGAGCUAGAAUCAGACUUGUUCAUUUCCAGGCAUGGGACUUGCACACACUCUUCUUUGGGAAUACACAACUUACCUGAUAGCCAGAGUCAGACUCUGGUACCAGUGUGACAGUUCCUCCUGGUCUGUGGACAUAAGCAGUAGCUUCUCAUGAGGGAAGGACAGCUAGGGAGAGACCACCUCUUAGUGCAUAGCUUAGAAAAUUCCAGGCUAAACAUGCCUGGCUCAUUGAAAUAUUUAACUUGUGUUUCCAUCAAAUAUAGGAUUAAAUUUUUGUAUGCUUCUUGACUUAGUAAUGUGGGACUAUGUAUGCUCUUUUGGGGUUUCCUGUAUUUAUUAGGUUAUUACUUUUCUGUAUUUAUUCUUACAUUGGCUCUGAUUUAAUAGAUGUCUAGAUUCUCCUUGAAAAAAAAAAAUCCAGGCUAAAGCCCUCACUGUCUCCGUGGUGGUAACUCAGGGAUGAGAUGAGAACUAAGUAUGAAGCCCACCCCUCAGCUAU